AUGUGCCCCUGUGCCCUGCCCGGCCGCCCCCCGGCCGCCUGCGUCUGCACGGCCACCAGCAGCGGCGGCAGCGGCGACGGCGGCGACAGCCCGGCCAGGGCGCGCGUCUCCGGGGCGCAGCUCACCGCGGCGCGCCUCAAGGCGAUCGGCGAUGAGCUGCAAGCCAGGAUGGCGCCGCGGGCUGCGCCCAGCCGCCGGGCGUCCGCCGGCACCGGCCUGGCCACCUCCUUGGCGCUGCUGGCCGCCUUGGCCUGGCUGAGCCGCCGGGGGCGCGCGUAG